AUGGCACUUUGCGACUUAAGCAAUCCAUCAAAGUCGCUUAGAAAACAUGGGAACGUUUCCAACAGCAAUGAGGAUAUGCGCAGUUCAUAUAUCGAAGCAAUUUUGCAUACGGCCCUCCGUCUCAUUAGAAAAACAACAUCUUAUGACCUCUCAUUAUCCCAUAAAUCGAAGUCAUCGGCAAAGAUUUUAGAUUGGGCUAUCAAAGAACUCAAAGAACUGUUAUGUAUCACUGAGGGGAAACAACCAUUGAUCUAA